CUCGACGACAUUUCUCCCCUCCGUCCUCUCCUCUUCGUCGCUGGUCCUGACACCGCCGGGGAGCCCUGCACACCGCGCAGACAUGGCCGAGAUAGGGAAAGGGGUCACCGCCGGGAAACUGGCCAUCAACGUCCAGAAGAGGCUCACCAGAGCGCAGGAGAAGGUUUUGCAGAAACUCGGCAAAGCAGACGAGACCAGAGAUGUUGUGUUCGAGGAGAUGGUGGCCAACUUCAACAAGCAGAUGGGUGAAGGCACCAAACUGCAGAAAGACCUGAAAGCCUACCUGGCAGCAGUGAAAACGAUGCACGACGCGUCGCGGCGGCUGCAGGACUGUCUGGCUGACAUGUACGAACCCGAAUGGUUUGGCAAAGAGGAGAUAGACGCCUUGGCGGAGGACACAGACACUCUGUGGUUAGAUUACCACCAGAACCUCACGGACAAAUCUUUGACCUGCAUGGACACGUACCUGGCUCAGUUUCCUGAGAUUAAGGCUCGUAUAGCGAAGCGCGAGCGGAAGAUGGUGGACUUUGACAGCGCCAGGCAUCACUUCGCCUCCUUACAGAAAGGCAAGAAGAAGGACGAGGCCAAGAUCGCCAAGCCAACAGCCCUGUUGGAGAAGGCGGCUCCCAGCUGGGCUCAGGGUUUGAUAUCAGCCCACCAGGUGGCUCAGACUAACCUCUCCUACAACCAGGCGGAGGAGGAGCUGGGCCGAGCUCAGAAGAUUUUCGAGGAGAUGAACGUGGAGUUACAAGACGAGCUUCCAUCACUGUGGGACAGUCGUGUUGGCGUCUAUGUUAACACAUUCCAGGGCAUGGCAGGUCAUCAGGAGAAGUUCCACAGAGAAAUGAGCAAGCUCAGCCAAAACCUGAACGACAUCAUGACCAAACUGGAAGAGCAGCGGCAGCUGAAAAAAGAUGGUACUGCAGCAGCCAAGACAGGAGAUGCUGCGAAGAGCGAGGAAGCCAACCACAGCGAGGCGGCCAGCUCACCAGCAAAGGCGGUGCAGAGGCCCGGGCCUCCUCCCAGCCGGCCUCCGCCCAGACUGACGCCGUCCCCAGACCAGAGGCAGCAGCCUGCCGACGUGUAUGCGGACGAGGCCUCAGCAGCUGACGAUAACACAGAAUCCGCUGCCACAACACCGCAGAGUGCGGUGACCAAUGGCUCCGAUGGCGAACUCCCUCCAGGAUUCAUCUACAAGGUAAAAGCAAUACAUGAUUAUGCUUCCACUGAUGGUGAUGAGCUGGAGCUGAAGAUGGGAGAUAUUUUGCUGGUUGUGGCCUUUGAUAACCCAGAUGAACAGGAUGAUGGCUGGCUCAUGGGUGUGAAGGAGUCUCACUGGAUGCAGCAUAAAGAUAUUUCAGUCAAAGGUGUUUUCCCCGAGAACUUUACCCAGAAGGUUUGAGGUUAAUGCUGCAUAAAGAUUCUUCCCCCUUCCUCUGCCCCAACUCCCCAGAUAUCCUAUUUGGGAAAGAUAUGGUUGAAUGAUUGCUAAAUGUCUAUCUACACACCAAAAUGUAAAACAACAUGAUCAGAAAUGAGCACUGAAAUACAAAGACAGCUAUGGCUAUGAUACCAAAUGAUUUGUUUGUGCAGUUGAAAACAGUGCCAGUUAUGUUCAAUGAUCUCAAUAACAAAUUUACAUUAAACAAAUUAAACAACUGUUAAGUUAAAAGAGAGACUUUGGUUUUGCCCCGACUCAUAACCUUGUGCUAAAUGAUGCACAAUCUAAAAUGUUUGAGAUGUUAGAUUAUACACCCAAAAUUACUUAACUUACCAAUUUGUUUUGAUUUGUUCUUACUCAAUUAUUUACAUUUUUGCUGAACUCAGACGAAACACAAAGCAGUGUGUUAGUAUUUGAAAAUGAGAAGUAAGUCAUGGAUGUACUGUAUGAAUGUCAAAAUAUUUUAUGUUGUGUAUUGUCAUCGGUUUUUGAAAAAAAUAAUGUUUUGAGAACUUUUCACAGUUCCUUGCAUGAAACAUAAUUGUAUCGUCAUUUACUUUGUAACACAACAAACACUGUGACACCAGGUUUGGAUAAACGUGGGAUCGCUUAUGAAAUGUGGCUGUGAUUGUCUGAAAAAUGCAGGUGUCCUAGACUAGAGCCCUGAGGAACACCGCAAAUAUAAAACAGUAUGUUUGCAGGGCUUUGCCUUGCAUUAUCAAAAUCUUUUACAGUGGGAUUUUAGGAUUGUCAAAGGGAACAGUAGUUUUUCAUUUAUUUUAUUGGCCAUUUUGAGGACAGAACUUUGAUGUGUGGCUUAAGUUUUCUAAUGCACAUACGGUUUUAUUUUGAUUUUUGAGUCAUCUUUUCAUUGACGGAUGACAUACAAAACCUUAUCAUCAAACUCAGCUGCUGAUUUUUUUCCUUCAUCUUCUUUAGUUACCACUAUUUAUGAUCACUGAUUUAGAUGCUAUACUCUUGAGACAGGAGAUGUAUGUUAUUUGACUCUUUCUAAACAUUUUUAAUUUGGAUUUGAGUCUGGAUCUCUGUGCUCUUUUUUGACUGGACCUUCUUUUCCUGUAUUAAGUAUAACACUGGAUCAGAUCUGGAGAUACAAUUUAUUUUAUUUUUUCACUAAAAAAACAAGGUUAGACUGCAUGCUGAGAGUCCAUUGCGACAACGUAAUCAGCUAUAUGAGAGGCUGAGGCGAAAACAUAAAAUUUAAACCUUUGUCUGGUUUAAAAUGAUGAGCCUGUCCUCCAGAAUAGUUAAGGUCUAAACAAAUACCCUGCAGACAACAAAGUGAAACUGAAAAUAUUUUAAAUUAUGAACAAUGAAGCAGUCCGUGUGGUAACUAAUGCACCAUCUGUUGGUUCAAAUCAGUGUCAUUAAAGAUGAAUGAAACAUG